AUCACUACGCUGAACCCAAUUAGAAUUCGGUCACAUGCCAAGUCAGGCGGUGUCGCGAGGCGCUUCCCUGUGCGGAGAGGCAGCGCGUUGUCUCGUUCCCAGAGAGUGGUCCUGCCCGGCUCGAGAGCGGGAUACCUCGGCGAGUGAACGCUCGUGAUUUCACUUUCACUUCGAACCCCCAUCUUGUUGUGGUCGUUGACGUUGUGUAAACGAGUUCAGAGUCGAGGCUACUACUCACGAGUACGGCACUGGGGUCUGCUCGGCGACUUCAGAGACAUGGAGUUCCUUUUGCGGGUGAAGGUGGGGGCGCUCCUGGGUUUGCUCUUCCUCACACUCCUAUUCGGCUUCAUUCCCGCCCGGGUGAAGUGGUUCCGAACCACGAGUGGAACAGAAAAUCACAGAAUUGUUCUAAGCUUCAUCAGCUGUUUUGCGGGAGGCGUGUUCUUGGGGGCCUGUUUCCUGGAUGUCAUCCCAGACUUCUUUUCUGACAUAGGAGAGCAGCUGCAGACCUGGGGUGUUGAGACUGACUUCCCCCUGCCGGAGUUCAUCAUGGCAUGUGGAUUCUUCCUGGUGCUGACUCUGGAGAAAAUUGUCCUGAAUUUCACAAGCCAUGGGAUGGGGGAAAAUACACCCCUCCUGACCCCUGGAGGUCAUGGACAUGGGCACGGGCACAGCACAACCAACCACCUGCAGAACAGCAGCCAUCACAUUCACAUUGACACCCAGGCUCACUCCUCAUUUCGGGCCUUCAUGCUUUUCCUCUCAUUGUCGCUUCACUCAGUGUUUGAAGGCUUGGCGAUUGGGUUGCAGAACACUGACUCAAAGGUAAUGGAGAUCUGCAUAGCCAUUGUUAUCCACAAAAGCAUCAUUGUCUUCAGCCUGUCAGUGAAGCUGGUCCAGAGUGCAGUUAAACCCUUGUGGCUGUGGACCUACCUAACAGUAUUUGCAGUGAUGUCACCACUUGGUAUUGUCGUGGGCAUCAGCUUGAUGGAAGCAAGACUUGCUGAAGGGGCUCUGAUCCAAGCAGUGCUGGAGGGCUUGGCAGCUGGGACCUUCAUCUACAUCACUUUCCUGGAGAUCCUGCCCCAUGAGCUGAAUUCUCCUGACAGACAGCUCCCCAAGGUGCUUUUCAUUUUGCUGGGCUUCAGCAUCAUGACACUGCUUGCAUUUCUGGGUUAAGAAAGAGUCUUCUCUGGUGGACCAAGUCACUGAGUCUUUUCAAACAGACCGUCAUCCUCCUAAUACCUCAAUAUGAUACAUUUAUAACAUUUUAAUCUUUAUCUGAAAGGAACAGCACUUGACAACUGUUCAUAAUAAUAUUAUACUUUUAUCAAUACAAUUCACACUUUUUUAGAACUUUUAGUGCUUUUUUAUUUUUAAGUGGCCUUCUUCCAGCAUAAAUAGUGUUCAGGAUAUCUUUUACCAUGGACCAUUUAAUACUAACCUCUUCUUGUCUCAUUGACAAAAACAAGGGCAUGAGUAGGUCUUUCUUUAUCAGCCUGGAGUCCCUCUUCUGUGGAAGUUAACAUGUUCUCACAGUCUCUUUAACACUAUUCUUUCACUGUCAGCUACGGUUUGUUAUAAUUAUAGCGGUAAUGAUUAUAAUUAUUAUGGUAAUGCAUAUGAAGAACAACAGUUUCAGAACACAGGUUGCAAAGAGUGACUCUGAUGGACUUGAGGAAAGAAGUUAUUUCUUUCAUCAUAACUAAUGAAAAGUCAAAUCAUCAACAUGGUUUCAGUAGAUUUACUUUUUCAUAAUCAGUACAAGUAUACAGUAAAUAUACUGUAAAUAUGGUUACAGUAUGUUUUGAAGGAAAUAUGAGUAUCAGUCUGAAAAGCUGAAACUGACAACCUGUGAAAGUGAAAGCAGAACACUGCUGCUAUGGAUACAUUUUAAAUGUUCAUUGUAAAUAUAAAGCAGAGUACUUCACAUGCAUCAGUGAGUGAGUAUCUGUGCUUAUUUGAGGAACUAUAUUAACUGUUACCUCAUGGUACUUAUGACAGACCUGUUGGUUUGUCUACCACUAGAUUAACAGAGCCACAAAGCUUAAUUCUACAGUGCUGUCAGGUUGACUGAAGUCACUUUAACAAAUAAUGCUCAGUAAUGUUUCUGUAAGAAGGCUGUGGCCUGGUUAAACAGGGUUUUUAUUGAUUUUACAAUGAUUUUCAUCCUUUGUGCUUUACCUUUUGUUUUUCUUUAAUUUAUGGGUACUACAACCAAAAGUACUGUUUACCUGUUUUUGUAUAUGAAGAUGUUUCCAUGUGAAGAACAGCCAA